AUGGAUGCCUUAGCGGAACCGCUUCUGGCCUCCAAAGAGGACGACCAUGAGCAAGAGAGGGCUCCCACGGGCAAAUGCGGCGAAGUCGAAGUUGCAGUGAACAGUGGAGCUGAUCCAGUUGGUGCCAUCACUUCAUUGGACGAAGAAUCUGCUGAGGUCGCACAGUCAAAUCGUGGCGAGGAAGGAAACAAUGAACAUGGAUCUUUUCCCACAAUGACAGAAGAAUCGACCAACCCAGCCCUUCCCACGCGUCUUGUACAUAUUGGCCGCAAGUUCUUGCUGACCCCCCUGAUGCCCAAAGGCCCCAGCAAUCUCAAGAUGCAGCUAAGGUUUCUCAGAUUUCUAGGAGUUACACUACUUGGAAUCGUAGCCACACACUUCUUUGUCUUCACUUUGAACUGGGAACAUCGCAAGGGACUCACACUCUAUGAUACAUGGGUAUAUGAGGGAAAUCUUAUUCUGCUCGAUUGUAUUGCCAUGUUCAGUGUUGGUAGACUCUUCGACAGGAGCGCCGUGGAUCAUUUGGCAUGGAUGUCGGUCAUGCUCCUGAGUUCUCUCUACACAAGUACCUUGCCCCACGUAUCCUGGCUUCGGCAUUCUGUGACUCUUUAUGAGUUGCAUUGUACUUGGCCUUGGCAACUGUGGAUCUUUGUCGUUGCACUCUGCGUCCCCGUCUGCGCCGGUGUUGUGAUUCUGCACCUUCGACAUGCUCAACUCCAGGAAGAUCUAACGAGAAAAACCUUCGAAGUCAUGCUUACCAUGAUCCUCUUUUUGGUACCCCAAAUGCUACAUACCAAUUUUGAAUUCCAUCAUUGGUUUGCUGGAUUGUUGUGUGGGAUGCACGCCAACUAUGACGUGUGGUGGAGCCAACUUGCGAUGGCCUGGUGCUGGGGCCAAUACGUAAAUGGGAUUGCCGUGUGGGGUAGAGAUCCCCCGUUGAAGUGCAGCUAUGCUUCCUACAUCACCAAACGACAAGGAUGUUGCCGCCAUCAUCGUCCAUUGGAAGACACAGUCUUUGGUGUGGCAGAUGGUCACAGGUGGGGAGGGGUGUCGGAAGAGGCCUGUUGGCUCGACGACAGCGCAAUCCACAAUUCUCCUGCUGCUACACUGUUCGAUGACAUCACGUCACUGACAUCCUCUGAUUGGCGACAUUGUGAUGCCCACCCCAACUAA